CAUCGCUGAAUGCAGAACUCCACAACAUGUGAGGCUGCUUCUCAAGGUUGCAACGGCGGGUGUCCUAUGGAGACAGCGAAGCAUAUCCUGACUGCGCAUAAUAGAUCUCCGAACAUCGCGUGUAAGAACUGCCGACGAGUCCCCGAGUCAGCCUUCCCUCGGUGACCAGUCGGUGAAGCUCAGCUGCAGUAUGCAGUUGAGCACUUGCUUAGCCUACAAUGAUAUUCCAGAGGCGAUCGAAUUUGAAAUCAAACUUGGCCAAAAAAAACCGUUCUUCACCGCUAGGAUAACGCCCACCGUACAAUGGCGGAUGUCCAGGUCGUAAAGUCUUCACCGGCUUCGAAACCUUAUGAGGCCAUACCGUCUUACCCACCUCCAACGCCUGGAAUCCAUCCGCUAGAAGAAGAUGUGUCGGUUACAGGGCGAGACCCGAUCGCAGCCAAAUACAAAGAAGAGAGGGAAAAACGCUUACGCCCCGAUGGUGUGAGGCAGUUCAGGGAAACAGAAGGCGAACUCGCCGCUUUCAAAGAGGACAUAUGGGCCUCGCCUUUGAUACGCGAUCCAAUUCACACAGAAAAAAAAGUUUUGAUUGUCGGUGGAGGCUUCGGGGGUUUGGUAGCAGCUGUUAAUCUGCUAAAACAAGGCAUAAACGACUUUGUGAUUGUCGAAAGAGGAUCAAAUUUUGGUGGUACCUGGUUCUGGAACCAAUAUCCAGGUGUAACAUGUGAUGUAGAGUCGUUAAUCUAUCUUCCCUUCUUGGAAGAGACCGGAUAUGUGCCAAAGGAUAGAUUCUCGUACGGACCGGAGAUACGAGAGCAUGUUGAGCGUAUAGUCAAGAAAUGGGACCUGAGUCCGAAGUCCUGUCUUCAAACUGAAAUUACCUCGAUGGAAUGGGACGAAUCCAUCCUCCGGUGGCGUGUUCGUACCAAUCGAUCUGAUUGUUUCAUCGCGCAGUUUGUGGUCAUGGCCACUGGUACUCUACACAAGCCCAAGCUACCGGCUAUAUCAGGGAUCGAGGCCUUUCAGCGCGAUCACUUUCAUUCAGGCCGAUUUGAUUACAGGGUCACAGGCGGCGAUGCGAACAGCCCUUUGGUCAACCUGAAGGACAAAACAGUUGGUAUCAUUGGCACUGGAGCAAGCGGUGUUCAAUUGGUGCCUCGCAUAUCACAAGACGCAAAAAAGCUUUACGUCUUCCAGAGAACCCCGUCAACUGUGACUCCACGCGAAAAUUGGAAGAACGAUCCCGACAAGGUUUACCCACCUGGAUGGCAGGAGGAUGCGAUGAAUCUCUUCGCCAACCUCAUGCAAGGUGAAAAUAUCGACAGAGAAUGUACAGCUCUCGAAGGCCUAGAACCACUCACAGUAAGGCAGAUCACGCAUGAUGCAGAGGCAGCAGGAGUCGAAGUUAGUCCCGAAAAGAUGCCGGAAUUGUUCAAGGCAGCCGAUUUUAAAUUGAUGGAGAAGCUCCGACGCAUGAUCGAUGAAACCGUCCACGACCCGGAAACCGCGCAGAAACUAAAGCCAUGGUACGCUUUCAUGUGCAAGCGGCCCGCGUUCCACGACACCUUCUAUCCCGCUUUCAAUCUCCCCAAUGUUGAGCUCAUCGACACUGACGGGCAAGGCGUAUCUCACCUCACUGCCACCAGCGUAGUUGCAUCCGGCAAGUCCUAUCCCGUCGACCUUCUCAUCUACUCCACCGGCUUCGAAUUUGAAGUUGGAGCUAACUUCGAGCGUCGUACUGGCAUUACGCUCAUCGGCCGCAAAGGCCGCACCCUAGACGAGAAGUUUGCCAGUAACUCUCCACCUGGCCCUUCAACUCUCUUUGGUAUACACACCCGCGAGUUCCCAAACUAUUUCAACAUAGGUCCUGCGCAAGCAGGUGUCACGGCUAAUCAGACUCAUACCAUACACAUCGCCGCGCAACAUAUUGCAGAAGUUAUCAAAAGCGUUUUAGAUGAGGGUUCUGCGCAGGUAAUUGAGCCAACGGCUGAGGCAGAGGAAGAGUGGUCGAAACAGAUCGAGCAGGGAGCAGAACUGCGGUUUGACUUCCACAAACAGUGUCCACCGGGGUAUUACAACGCGGAGGGAAAACCAGAAGAGAUUCCACUAAGGUGGGGUGCUUUUCCAAAGGGGAUCGUUGCUUGGGGGAAGGAGUUGAAGGCUUGGAGAGAGGAGGGAGGUAUGAAAGGAAUGGAGAAGAGGUGAUUGGAUCAUGGGUUAGGCGACGAUGGUUCUACGGUGUUUUCGCAUCCCUUUUCUCUAUAACCCGCCUCAUUUAAAUUCACUAUGAUGGUGUACCGGCAAUUUCCAUUCUUAAUGGUCAAUAUCAACGCUUGCACAAAGAUCCAAACUUACCUCUUACAGAUGGGGCUUCUAAGGUCUAUGAUGACUGCGCUAAACCACCUCAGUGUAUCAGACAAGGCUGUAGGUUGUCACGUAGUGGCAUUGGCGUCGGACCAUGAUGAGGUGCACCUGGAAUCACAUGAGGGCAUCACAAAUUACAAACAAGCUA